GGGGGCGCGCCUCGCCGCACUUAAAAACGACGCUCUUCUCUGCGAGCGAUAAACGCGUUCAGACUGACUGAAUGAAACAUGAGGGACCGCACGCAAGAGCUCAGACAUGGAAAGGACCCGGAAGAGGCGGAUGAGGUGGUCGUUGUUAUUGAAAAGGGUUUCAUGGACGAGUUCUUUGAGCAGGUAGAGGAGAUUCGAGGGUUCAUUGACUCUCUGACAGAGAAAGUAGAAGAAGUGAAAAGAAAUCACAGCACCAUCCUGGCCUCUACAAACCCAGAUGAGAAAGCAAAAGCAGAGUUGGAGGAGUUGAUGACAGAUAUCAAGAAGUUGGCUAAUAAAGUGCGCUCCAAGUUAAAGAGUAUCCAGCUGACCAUAGAGCAGGAGGCAGUAAACAGUGAAUGCCCAUCAGCUGAUCUGAGGAUACGGAAAACACAGCACUCCACCUUGUCACGUAAAUUUGUGGAGGUGAUGUCUGAAUAUAAUGCAACACAAUCAGAUUACAGGGAACGUUGUAAAAGACGGAUACAGAGACAGCUGGAGAUUACCGGAAGAAAUACAACAAAUGAGGAGUUGGAGAGCGUGUUGGAAAGUGACAACCCCAUCUUCACUUCAGGGAUCAUCAUGGACUGCAACAUCACUGAACAGGCCAUGAACGAGAUUGAGACGCAACACAAUGAAAUCAUCAAACUGGAGAACAACAUCCGUGAGCUGCACGAUAUGUUCAUGGAUAUGGCCAUGCUGGUAGAAAGUCAGGGUGAGUUAAUAAACAAUAUAGAGAAGAAUGUCUGCAGUGCUCAGGAAUAUGUGGAAAAGGCCAAAGAGCAAACCAAAGCAGCUGUCAAAGUCCGGAAGACUAGCAGGAAGAAGUUGAUCCUGAUAGGGAGCUGUGUGUCCGUCUGUCUUCUCAUCCUCAUCAUCUCUCUAGCCAUUGGAUUGAGCUAACCAAGAGUCUUCACCUGUAGUGGUGCUCGGACUUUACAAAGGGAGUAGACCUGGAGCUCAGGACCAUCGGUUUUCUUAUCUUCUCUUAUUUGUGAUAUAGCCAAUGAAUUCAGUAGAACAAAGACACAGACAUGCUGGGAACUUUUUUGACUCAAGAAAAAUUUUCUAUUACAGAAGUUUGUCAUUAUUUGUUUCAGUAAUUCUACCCAUAUCAAUCAUUUGCAGUGUUUCCGUGUGGAUACUGUAGCUCAUUGUUUGUCGAGCUCAAGCACAAUGAAUUUGAGAUCUGGACUCUGACUUGGGCUCUCCAGAACAUUGCCAUUGCUGUAUCAACUAUUCCUGUUUAGCUUUGUCUUUAUGCUUGGACACAUUUGUAUUCCAGCAAGACAAUGACUCCACCAGGUUUAUAUGCUUACAGGACAUCAAACAUGGCAAUUAGUUUGAUGGGCACAAAGCUCAGUCUUGGUCUCGCUGUAUCAGACAUGUUUAGCAGUGGUCACAGUCUUCCAUAAAGUGCCGAUGAGAAAAUAUGGUAAGUGCAAUAUAUGCAGCAUCUGUAUGGUUGGUGACUUUGUUGGAAUUAAUGAAAUAGGGCUGGGCAAUAAGACCAAAAUCUCAUAUCCCGAUAACGAUAUAUAUCACAAUAUAGUACACAGUGAUCAGUUUAUUACACACAAAUUAUUUCCAUUAUCUCCAAGCUGUUUAUGUGACUGGUAAGAAAUCAACCGCUUGCUUGUCCCAAUGAUUUUUGGUGCUUCAUACACACUACUGGGGGUGAAUACUUUUAAUAGGCACUAUUUAUGUCCCAACUUCUGUUUGUGUUGUUUUUUUUUGCAUUGAUUUGUGUUACAUGUCUGUGUUGUGGCAUGUUUGUUAUCCAUGUGGAGAGAGUUGGGAUGAUGGAUCAACAGUGUUACACACUCUACACUCCUUACCUUAAAAAUGAAGCCAUUGAGGAUAGCAGCGUUGAGCUAAUCGCUGCUUUCUCUUAGACCUUAAUCUCUAACAUUAGUCAAUGCGUGUUAUAACUGCGCUGUUUUUCAACAGAUUACAUCAGUAUAAAGGUUGUGGCAUGUCCCAUUAUCUGUAAAUUCAUCUACAACAUGUCAUAAAUGAUUGGAAAACCCCCACUGCUCUCCUCAAAUCUUUAAAUAUGCCCUGAACUUUCUGCCUGGUCAUUACCGUAACUCUUCUUUUCUACUCUUCAUGCUGCCUGGACUGUUUUCCCCAUGUUUGUAUUUUUUUUUUUUCUUGAACUCUUCCAAAUAUAGAAGAAAAGCGUGAUUAUUAUCUGUUGUGUGCUGCUUGGAGUCGUAGUUGCUGUCAUCAUUGGUGGUGUGUUGGCCUGAAUGACACACAGA